AUGGAAUCUGAUGAUGAAUGUCCAUGCACGGAGGACGUUGCUGCACCAUCAAUCCUGCCAAGUUGCACUUGCCCAAAGGGCGACCAUGACAAAGUGAUCCACGAAGAGAAUUGUAUAUUUUACAGGAAUGAACAAUUGAUUUAUGAUAAAGAGGCUGCCUGCGAAUGUUUCGUUCCUGUUACACCUAACGAAGACGGCGACUGUCAGUGCUGCAGGUGCCCCGAAAACCAAUGCCGCUGUAACAAGGCCGGCAGAGAAGUUUUCGAUGAAUGGCGCAGUAAACGAGUCAUGGGAGCCAUGCCGGCGGUGUUGGAAGCCACGCAUCCUCUCAUGCAAAAAUUCCAAGAAACACUUAAAAAAUUUCUCGAGAGAGAGAACGCAAUCGCUGAAGAAGAGAUUAAAAAAUUGCGCGACGAACUGAAAGAGAGCAAGCAAGAGUACGACAAGGACCUUGAAGCGAUUUAUCGCGACGACCAUGAUACCAACGCCCAAAGAGCAUUAAUAACGGAAUACGAAGAAAUGUUGGCCCAAAAAACAGCAGAACGUCAGGCGGCUGAACAACGGGUACGCGACUCAAAUGAAAAGUAUAAACAAGCCAUGGAGAAACUGGAAAGAAACACAGUACAAGAGCGAGAGGCAACUGAAGAGCUGGAGGCUUUGACGACGCUGUGCAAGCAGUUGGAAGCGUGGAGGGAAGAGACAGAGUCCGAUUUAACAGUCAACCAGCGUAUGUCGGAGAAGAUGAGGGCGGAAAAAAGAGCUUUAGCGGAUGAAAAACGCCAGUUGGAUAUGAUCAUAUACAGUCUCAGCAAUGAAGUGUGGAAGUUGGAGUCCAAGCUGGAGAUGUUCCAGAAACAGCUCGACAUCAAGAACGUUGAGAUGGAGCAAGUUAACGAUAAGGUGACUGCCUAUGCAGCAGAGUUGGAGGACUUGGAGCUGGAUAAACGUCGACUUAUGAGCCUCUGGAACUCUGUGCUGGUGAAUAUACAACAGCGAGAUAGGGCUUACGACUCCGUACGCGACGAUUACAGAGUGCUGCAGGAAAACUAUCGUACUCUGAUUAACAACUUGGAGAUAACGAAGAAGGUGGCAAUGGAGGAGAUGAAUAAAGGAAGGGAGAUUGCAAUGAACAAGGACAAGGUUCUCUACGAUAUUGCAGCUGCGAACAAACUGCUGGAUGGAGAGGAAGCGAAAAGAACAAAUUUAGAAACACAAAUCACCCAGCUCUCAGAGUCAAUAGAAAUGGCAGAAAGAGAUCAAGAGCUCAUCAAAUCGGAGAAUCAAACGAUGAAAAAUAUCCUUAAGAGCACUGUAAAGGAGUACCAGAGAAAAGAGGAGCAGAAGUUGAAAUUGGAAAACGAAAUUCUGACGAACCUUCAGGAGUGUCUUCUGAACGAUAAAGCGGUUGAGUCGAUGGCCAACGGAAUUAAGAAAAUGAGAGAAAUGUCUAGAAAACAAGAAAUAUCAUUAACAGCAAUGGAAAAUCAACACGCGAAGAUGGUUCUGGAUGUUGAGAUGCAUCGUAACAGACAAGCCCAAAAUAAACUUAUUCAAGACGAAACUUUGCGCAAAGUUAAGGAAAGGGAGAAAGAAAUAGAUCAGCUACAGGAGAAAUAUGAUCAAAAAUCUCUUGUGCUUACAAGAAAGCAGAGAGAAUUGGAUAUCAUUACUAAGAAAUAUACUGCGCUUAAAGAAAUAUUCGACAUGAAAUCGCCACAGGAGCGUCGCAUCGAAGAACUGGAGCAGCAGAUCAGAGAGCUGCGCGAGAGGACCGAGCGGGCUCAGCACGAGUGGCUACGGCUGCAGGGCCACGUCGUGAAGCUCGCAGCGCAACACCACACCAUACUUACGGACAUCAACCUCAUUAAUAAACAGAUUCAAAUAUGUGAUCAGAAGACAAUGCGCAUUCAAGCCGAGUGCGAACGCAUUGCGCAAGAGCGCACGAACGUCGAUCGUUCGUUACGUUCGCUGCGCGGGAGGCUUGAAGUUAUACAACGCACGCGCAAAGACGCGGUCGAGCGCAAUGCCGGUGCACAGCGCACCAAUGCUGCUAUUACGCAUGAAUAUACAGCUAGCCUUAAGGAUGCAGAAUCAGAAAUAUUUGAGUUGGAAGAGGAUAUUGAGGCUCUAGAAAAAGAGAAGAUUAACCUGACACAAGAAUUAGAUCGAGUACAAAGGGAAGCGUUGAUCUGGCAGAGAAAGGGUAUUCUUGCUGUAGAACUCAAACGGAGUAUACAAAACUCCAAAUCCGCUGCAGGAGAAAUCGGUCAGAUGAAAAAUGAAAUACACAAAAUGGAGGUACGCCGUGAUCAACUCCGUCGCACAGGGGAGAAGCUAGCGGAAGAUCUGGCGCUGUACGUGACGAGACGCGAGACCGCCGUGGACAAGAGCCGUGCAGCCGCCGCCGUGGAGAAGGCGCACGGGGGCGCCGCACUCACCGCGCAGUCCACUUUUCACCACAAGCUGCGGCUGGCACGGGCCGACGUCACCCGUCUCAAUAAAGAGUUAAAAGAGGCUAAAGCGCACAUGGAGUAUUUGGAGAAAGAACAAGCGCGUCUAGAACGUGAGAUGGCGGACACUUCGGCACUGAACGCGCAACUAGAGGAGCACGUUGCGACUCUGCUGCGAGAAUGUCGUGACACGGAGCGACAGAAACAAUGGCUCCUCGAAAGAGUAGUUAGAAGUCAGCGUUUCGGCAGCGAACUAGCCACAGCCGUAAAACGACAAACACUGCGCGUAAAGAAACCAAAGUCGGCUGUUAUUGCUGAGUACACUCAGGCUCGUUUACUCAACGACAGCCUCAACCAAGUCGUGAAGGCACUGAGCAUAGAAUAUCCGAGCCUCAGUGACAAAUUGGAAGCGAUCAGCAACACCCUGAACAUUCAUUCGCCGAGCCAAUCUCCGAGGCUUUCUUUGGACGAAUGCGUAUGUCCUGAAGUUAUUGAGGGUCUGGAAAACAUUGCUGAGAAGCCCCUGGACUCUUGUCCCUGUCCUAAAUGA